AUGAUAGUAUUUCACCUUUUUAUCUAUCUACUAGCUCUUCAUAUCGAGUGGGCAGUUGCACCAGGAAAUAACUACAAUGAUGAGUAUAUGGGUCAUGAAGGUCUUGUUGAAGUCUUAGGAGGGGAUAUCAAAGUGUGGUGGUUUCUUCCGAGGACGGAAUAUAUGAAAGACGAGGACUUUUUAGGAAAAUUCAAUACGGAACUAGAGAAUUUUGCAGUGAAACAUGGUGGAGAGACACGAAAUGUUUAUAGAUCACAUAGUGACCAUAUUGGGACCAUCUUUUUCACCAUCAAGCUUUUCCUUACUCAUGACCCUGAAGAACUUUGGAAUGCGCAUAAAGACAAUCUCUUAUCAUACGGUGAGGUGCCGUAUUCUAGGGCUUCUAGGAUCAUGGAGCAUGAGGACUUCAAAAAGGCUAAGGUCAAAGCCAAACUGAAAGCCAAACCCGAUACUCCAAAUCCGAAAGAGAAGCGAGAUGAAAAUAUAACCUUAUUACCAAAGUCAGCAGAUUCAGUCUUCGAGCGAGCGGUCGACCUAAACGAAGUUGAAGUGCUAGAAGAGCCAUUUGAGGACCUACAAAAAAUGUCUCAACCUAAGGGUGCCCCCCUUUCCGAACUGCAUGGCCACUACUACCGUAGAGCGGCAAAGGGACGAGGUUCAACAGUUUAUGUAAUUGAUUCAGGAGCAUGGGUCGGCGAGAAAAAUAAGCACAAGGAGCUAUCAGAGAUCCGACUUGUUGAUUAUCUAUUCGCAGGACCGGAUCCUGGAUCCGAUAUGGUUGAUAGUUGGUCGGAAUUCUAUCAUGGGACCAAGGUAUUGAGUAGAGUAGCUGGUCGGCGUUUGGGGACAGCGCCUCUUGCCAACAUCGUUGUUGUCCAAGUUCUCAAUAAAUUUCAGUACCAAACAGUCGCUCAUAUGCUUGAUAGCAUUCUUAGGGCGUAUGAUCAUAUCGUCCAAACAAAGCCAAAGUUUGCCAUCUUAAACAUGUCCUUGUAUUUUGCAACAGGGGAUUUAUCAGGAGCAUACACAUCUGGCGAAGGAAAUAUCAUUCAAAAAAUAAAAAAGGAUUAUGAUUAUCCCGAUGCUAGCCCUGAGCAAGAAGCAGCCGGGGUAUUGACGACACCAGAAGCGGUUAUAAGGCUUUCGAGGUAUCUUGCUUCGGAGAUAGACAAGUUGGGAAAUGCUAAGAUCGUCACAUGCACUAGCAAUUAUAAGGAUGCCCCCGACGGACUUUUACCAGCCAACGAAAUGCUAGAAUUUCCAAAAACUGUCGUUGUCGUUGGGUCCACCGGACUAGAUGACAAAGCAAUCUACCAGUACUGGGACCAAGUCAGGGUAUAUGCACCUUCAAGCAAUGUCAUGGUAGCAUCGUUCGACGACGUUGAUGACAGUCCCACUAUACUACCAACCGACGGUGUAUCAUUCGGCACAGGUACUGUCUCUGGAAUGUUAGCAACAUUCGUUUCGGAAGGUGUUCCUAUAGACGAUGCCGUUGAACACCUUUACAAGCUCGCUCAUUCUAGGAAACCACCAGGGGUAAAAGACCCUGAAGGAUACUAUACUCCAAUUGCAUUUAAUGGCGUGGAAAAGAGUGAGUGGCCCUCUACGGUUGGAGACCAGGAGGGUCUUGAGGAAUAUAUUCUGCCCUGA